GUGUGUGUGAUCAUUUGACUGUCAAAUCACUCAGAGAGCUGAGUGGAAAAAUGUUGAAUAUCUGCAGCUGCAACAUGAAAGUGCGUGCGUGUGUGUGCGCGCGAGGACAUCGACACCUAAAGACAGAGAGGAUCAGUUCAGGGGCUGGUGACUUCUGGGGGAAACUGAAGUCACGUUUAAACAGUCAGCUAAAGCUUUUCAGGGGACUUUUUAAACAUUUAAGGGGAAUUUAGACAUUUUUCAAAAUCAAAAAUCUUUUGGAAAAGGGGGAGUUCUGAAAAUUUGAGGACAACUUAAAAAAAGUAGACUUUUCUGGAAUAUGAGGAAAUAUUCUGAGGACAGUUUGAAGAUUUGAGGAGAUUUUUGAAAGUGGACAUUUGGUUCAUCAGGUUCAGGUUUGGGGGAUGCAUUAUUUCAGAGAGGGUCCUCAGAAGUGUAGCAGUACCAGCGUGUGUGUGUGCAGACACUGAAACUGAAAGUUCAGAAUCAGCUGACCUGAGUCCAGAACAGGACCAAAGCUUUUCAACAGUUUAAGCUCAAACACGAGCCAACCACCACCUUCUAACAUCUCCUGCUCACAUCGCUUCUUUAAUGCCGGACAGCAGCUGGUCUUCAGUUCUUUUCUUAGAAAAUCUGCUUGCAGAGACUCGAAACUUCCUGUGGGGACACAGUUCAUCACACUGAUGCAUUGCGGUCAUUAUUAGAAGCAGCAGUAAUAAUAGUAGUUGUGGUAAAAGUGAAAUUAGUCAUAGUAGCAAGAAUGUACAUCGAGCAAACAGAGGCCACGCCGCUGCUGUCGGGACGCAGCCGCCGUAGAUACUAUAGAAAUACUGCACCUGUGAUCCUGUUCACUGAGACAGCAGAACCGUAUUCAAGAUAAAAUGUUGUGAUUUUACAUUUUCUCCCUUUGUUUACAUUUAACGGUUAGUUUGGAUCAGUAUUUUCCCUUAAAAAAACGACUGAGGCAGCAGCUCCUGUGUUCUGCUGGAUAAAAUGACUGUUUUUGUCAAAGGAGUCUGGUGGCUUUGAAGGUUUAGCCAAGCAGGAUCCUCCCAUAAUCCUGCCAGACGCGUCCAACUGCAGCUCCAACAGCGACCAAUCAGUUCACUUCACAAUAAAACAGCUGAAAGUGUGAGUCAUCAUCACACAGUAAAGACCGCAGGACACAGAUGAUGCAUUCAAACAGAAGCAUGUCCUCGAUAUUCAGACUUCACCCUGAAUUUAGACCCGCAGUCUUUGGUAUGUUCUGCUGGGAUCUGAAGGAACUUUCCUCUGAUCUGCAAACACCAACUUAAACCCAAAAGUUGGCAUAACAGCUUGGAGGAACAUAUUAAAGUAAAAUAGUGUGUGCGACUCUUGAGGGAUGUUUCCUAACCUGCAGACUGGCCCCAGCAUCGGUCACUACCCAGGACGGAGAUGGCAGGGGACCCCCAGGAAAGCUCCAUCAAGUAGGUUUAGGCUUGUUUACCAGAUGGACCUUUCAUUCAUGCUUCAGCACAGUAACAUACAGGUCUGUAUGCUUGUUUCCACAACAGAAAGGCAAGACAGAGGCACCACUGUGGUCCUCAGGUUCCCCGUGGCUGGUGGAUUUGGACAGUGUAUUCAGUCCACGUGUGGUGGGACUCGCCUUGGACACUUUGUCCUUUGGCUUGGUUGGCGUGAGUGUGUCUUAUUCAUGUCUCUGGCUUCAGGCUGGCCAGCCCACCGGCCGAAGUAACAGCUCUGCUGGACUACAGCGUGCUUGCUGCAGCGGCACUUUCUGUUGCACAUCAGGCAGCUCUUCCUCAGCUGCAGGACUGCCUCCUCAUCGACGAUGUGCUGCAGGAUUGGUCCGUUAUGGGGCAGAAAAGAGAGCUGAGCUAUUUCAAGGUUUCCUACCCUGUGUCAUCAUAUCGGAUACCAGAGAAAUCAUCGCUGACCAUAAAAACUUGAGCUGAAGAAGAAAAGCUGGUGCCGCAGAAGUGAUAGAAGAAGAGGAGGAGGAGGAGGGAUAAAGAGAGGAAGAGGCAUAAAGACAAACAACCAUGAUUCACUCAAAUCACUCCAUCCACUCGGUGUUCUGCUGCUGCUGCGCCGUGCAGACCAGGGAGUUCAGCACCCGCAUGGAGCUGGAGGGAAGCACCUCCCUGUGUUUCCAGAGCAGACGAUACCCAGGGCAAGCCCGCCGGGUCGACAGGUCGAGGAAGAAGCUCCCCCUCCCUCCUCCUGAGCAUGAGGAUGGUGAAGGUGACGGGUUGCUAAGUGUCGUCGCCAUGUACGACUUCAAAGCGAAGGAGGACACUGACCUCACGCUCAAACAGGGAGAAGAGUACGUCAUCCUCCACAAACAGGACCAGCUGUGGUGGAGAGCGCAGGACAAACACGGGAAUAAAGGCUUCAUCCCCAGUAACUACGUGACAGAGAAAAACAGAAUUGAGGCAAACCCGUGGUACUGCAAGAACAUCACCAGGACAGAGGCUGAGCAGCUGCUGAGACAGGAGGACAAAGAAGGUGGUUUUGUGGUGCGGGAGUCCAGUCAGAAAGGAGUCUACACCGUCUCUGUCUAUACCAAAACAUUAAGUGCUAACGGGGAUAUUAGGCACUACCAGAUCAAAAUAAGUGACACUGGACAGUUCUUCUUGGCUGAAAAACACACCUUUAACUCCAUAUCUGAUGUCAUACAGUACCACGAACACAAUGCAGCAGGUCUGGUGACCAGGUUGCGGUAUGCAGUGGGACCAAUGGGAAGGUGUAUACCUGCCACAUCAGGAUUCAGCUCAGAGAAGUGGGAGAUCAACCCCAGCGAGCUGACCUUCAUGAAGGAGCUGGGCAGCGGUCAGUUCGGUCAGGUGAGGCUCGGCAAGUGGAGGGCUCAGCAGAGAGUGGCCAUCAAGGCCAUCAGAGAGGGAGCCAUGUACGAGGAGGACUUCAUCGAGGAGGCCAAGGUCAUGAUGAGGCUGUGCCACCCGAAGCUGGUUCAGCUGUACGGCGUUUGCUUGCAGCAGCGCCCCCUGCUGAUUGUGGCGGAGUUCAUGGAGAGCGGCUGCCUGCUGAACUUCCUGCGGCAGAGGGGCCGGAGCCUGAAGGAGGCGUGGCUUCUGUCCAUGUGCCAGGACGUCUGUGAGGGGAUGGAGUACCUGGAGGCUCACAGUUUCAUCCACAGAGACCUGGCAGCCAGGAACUGUCUGGUUAAUGAGCACAACGUGGUGAAGGUCAGCGACUUUGGAAUGACCAGGUACGUUCUAGACAACCAGUACACCAGUUCUAGUGGUUCUAAGUUCCCGGUGAAGUGGUCUCCUCCUGAAGUUCUCCACUACAGUAAAUACAGCAGCAAGUCUGACGUCUGGUCCUUCGGUGUGGUGAUGUGGGAGAUCUACUCGGAGGGUCGGACUCCGUUUGAAAACUGCACCAACCUGGAUGUGGUUAAUGACAUCACCAGAGGAGUCCGGCUGUACCGGCCGCACCACGCCUCGCAGCCGCUUUAUGCCAUCAUGUACCGCUGCUGGCACGAGAGGCCUGAUGGUCGGCCAUCUUUCUCAGAACUACUGGGAGAAAUCAGAAAACUGGCGGAAAAUUCAGAUUAACACACGAAUUAUGUUGCUUCCAAACUGUUUUAUUACUAUUAUCAUAAAUGUACACAGAUUAUAUUUUGUCAUUGUAAAUAACUAUUUUUUCAUUAAAACCUUUUCCAGUAACCUUUUUAGAUGCUUUC